CAGAGCGGAGGCCUCGUGCGGAAAAAAAUCGAGCGCGAGUUCGCGGCGCGGCGGCGGCGGCGGCGGCCUCCGAUCCUUCGAUCGAGCUGGUCUCGUCAGUCUGAGGUUCAUCCGGGAGCUGAAGGGAGCAUGAGUACUGUCAACGGCGUACGACGUGUCUGCAGAAGGCACUCACAAGAUGAGUCUGCUGAUAAGGUCGUUGUGAACUUGGUGUCCCCAGCCCCAGGGGUGGCCAGCAGGCGUGGGGUAUCCACCACUCACAGCGGCGCACGCACCUCGCCUAUCGAUGUGGAAGCUCUGGACGACGAAGUGCAGGUCGUAUCGGCUUCACAAGUGCCUCCUCGGAGGAGGAAUCCGAAAAUUAGGAGACAGCCCGUGACAGUAGUUGAUCUAGAGGUACAUGCCACCCGUGAAGGGAACAAACGUCAAAAAGCUUCGGCUGUGAUAAACAUCUCUCCAGAAACAGGGGAAGGGUCCAGCUUGCAGUCAAACAAAGCUGUGAAAACUAGAAAAGAGCCUGCUAAAGUGGCUCCAAAGGAACCAAUCUUUACCUGCCCAGUGUGUUGGAACAAGUUGGAGGAGCCUGCCACAACAAUGUGUGGCCAUAUCUUCUGCACGAGCUGCAUCAAGCAAGCCAUCCAGGUCCAAAAGAAAUGCCCCACUUGCCGGAAGUACUUGAAGAUAAACAACUUCCAUCGUAUUUACCUUCCUAACACUGCUGGAUAAGGGUCAGAAGUCCUCUCGGGGAGAACAGUUGGAUCUUUUCCUCAGGAACAUUGUUGUACCAUCACCAUCUAGAUGAAUGUUAUGGAAAUGCAUCAGUAGGAGUUCAUCAUCCUGGUGAAUGUACCGAUAGCCUUCCGUCUGAAUUGGAUUAACAAAUUUUCUUAGUCUUUUUGUAUUGCCUGUGUCAAGGUAAAAUUGUCCCUCUAUACUGUUGUAUGUAUUAGGCUGUUAACCGUGCCAUUUCUCCACAUUUGGUCUAUGUACUUGAGGCUGUUAGCCUGAUGUUGAGAAAAUACUUGGGCUUUGUAAGUUCCACCUGUUAAGUGGUGUAUGUUCUGAAGUGAA